AUGUCUGCAAGUUCAUUUCAAUCAUCUAUGCCAAGUACAAUUAUUGAUGGCAUGAUUUAUCUGGGAUCGUUUGCUCACGCUAGAAACAAAUCCUGUUUUGAGCAGUUGAACAUUGGAUGUGUUGUGAAUUGUGCAAGAGAACUCAACAACCAUUUUGAGAAUCAAGUCAUUUCAGAACAAAUAGGACCUGUGAGAUAUUAUCACUUAGAACUAAAUGACGAUACGCUCUUCGAUAUAUUUUCUCACUUUGAUCUAGCGUUUGAAUUUGUCAACAAGUUCUUGGAAUCUCAACAAGAAACAAAAGCAUCGGUUUUAUUUCAUUGCGCAAGCGGAUGCUCUCGUUCGGCUUCCAUAACAAUUGCCUUUCUCAUGAAGAAAAAUCAUUGGGACUUUAAAACAGCAUACCAGUAUGUCAAGGAAAAGAGAAGCAAAAUACAACCCAACGAAGGAUUUGUGGAGUGUGAAAACAAACCAUUUCCAAAUCUCGAUCAUCCAAGUAUUGACAUUUCACAAUAUCACAAGUUGUAA